CUCGCUUUCCGGCGGGUGCGGGGGCCUCGCGGAUUCUGCCCCCGUACGCGCUAGGUCCUCAGUGCGCACCCCGUCUCCUGGCUCCAGGGCGGCUAGCGUGUGGCGAGAGAUCGGGGCCGGGCCCGGUUCUGGCCUGACCCACUAGGUGACCUUGGUCGAGUCCCCUGUCGCGCCGAGCCGCGGCGCCCGUCUCUGGCACGGGCCUGUUAGGGACCCAUCCCCCGAGCGGUUGAGGACACAGACCUGGAGUAGCCCCGCAGCCUGCCCCAGGGCAGGGGGAGCGCCGGGCCGCCGGCGGCGGGGGGGGGGAAGCUCGGUCGGGGGGAGAUGCCCCUACAUGUGAAAUGGCCGUUUCCCGCGGUGCCGCCGCUCACCUGGACCCUGGCCAGCAGCGUCGUCAUGGGCUUGGUGGGCACCUACAGCUGCUUCUGGACCAAGUACAUGAACUACCUCACCGUCCACAACAAGGAGGUGCUGUACGAGCUCAUCGAGAACCGAGGCCCAGCCACACCCCUCAUCACGGUGUCCAAUCACCAGUCCUGCAUGGAUGACCCUCACCUCUGGGGGAUCCUGAAACUCCGCCACAUCUGGAACCUGAAGGUGAUGCGUUGGACCCCCGCGGCUGCAGACAUCUGCUUCACCAAGGAGCUGCACUCCCACUUCUUCAGCUUGGGCAAGUGCGUGCCCGUGUGCCGAGGAGAUGGCGUCUACCAGAAGGGAAUGGAUUUCAUUUUGGAGAAGCUCAACCGCGGGGACUGGGUGCACAUCUUCCCAGAAGGGAAGGUGAACAUGAGCUCCGAGUUCCUGCGCUUCAAGUGGGGGAUCGGACGCCUGAUCGCCGAAUGUCAUCUCAAUCCUGUCAUUCUGCCGCUGUGGCACGUCGAAAAUCACCGUGCUGAUUGGGAAGCCCUUCAGUGCCCUGCCUGUGCUCGAGCGGCUCCGGGCAGAGAACAAGUCAGCUGUGAGUUCUCCCCCAGGCCAUCCCACAGCUGUCCUAGCCCUUAUCCCUUAUGCCCUUGGCCUCCCAGGGACCCUGGGCGAAGCUCCCUGAGGGCUGCAGGCCAGCCCCAGUCCUUCCCCUCAGGUGGAGAUUCGCAAAGCCCUGACGGACUUCAUCCAGGAGGAAUUCCAGCGCCUGAAGAGCCAGGCCGAGCAGCUCCACUACCACCUGCAGGCCGGGAGAUAGGCGCCACCCCGCCCAGACCCCGCCCCGGCUUCCUCUUGGACUGGGGCGGGGGCGGGGAGGGGCGGCGAGGCCUGGGACCGAGGCGGCUCUGGACGCGGGUCCCAGCUGCCGGGCGAUCGGUGCCGCCUCUGGGUUCUGGCCCUGCGCGAAGCUGGGCUGGGGGACGGACUGAUGCUUUGAGCUCAGAUGCGGUUUUUCAGACAGAUUUGUUCAGAACCCUUAACGGGUGCCCUCUCCUAGUUGGUGAGCAUUCCAGCUCCUCUGGGGUUCUUCAGCUGAAAGAAGGGUCUCAGCUGCCCCUCCCACUUGGCCACGCAGGGAGGAAGACAUUUAGGCCGGGGCCUCCUUCCUUCUUGCCUUCAGGGUGUUCUCUCCCGGGAGUGGGGGGUGCACCACAGGGACGGUUGUUGAAGCGGGGCGGUGGCCAGGCCUGGCUUCUGCGGUGGCGCCUGCCCUGAUGAGGAGCUGCGCACCACUUCCUCAGGGAUGGCCGUCAGCCACAGGUAUGGGACCCUCGGGCAGGGCCCAGCCCUGGGCUGCAGGUAGAAGAGCUGCCCUUUUCCAGAAGCAGAGCCCAGCCAAAUGGGGCCUGCAGCAAGGGCCCAAGACCCAGCCCCUUGCCCCCAUGCUGGGGCCUACCGACUUCUCUUUCCACCUCCCUGGCAUCACUUGAAUCCCCUGGGGCCUGGGUUUUCAUGUUUUAUAAACAAUAAAGCAUCUGUGUUGUGCUCUUUUACAUCUGGCCUCUCUGUAGGGGUGGGAG